AUGUCCGCGAAGAGAGCCCUGGAACCACCCAUCACGUCCCACACCCAGCGCCCAAGGAAGCGGCAGCAGACGGAGGCCGGCGGGGUCGGGCCGCUGCAGACGCGGAGGCCCCUCACCCCCCGCGGCCCGGCCCGGCCCGACCCCCGGUCGAGCGGCGGCGGCACGUACUCACCGCCGCCCGCGGGCUCCCCGGCUUCGCCAUGGCUGAGGCGCCCCCGCCGCCCCCCGCCUCGACCGAGACUGACACGCGCGGCUGGCCGGGCGGGGGCGGCCUCCGGCGACCACCCAGCUGACAGAACCCGCCCCCGCCUCUCUCCACCAGUUGAGCAGCGGCCGCUGCCCCGAGGCGCCCCCGAGCUUCCUCCUCCCGCCUCGGCGGCGGGUGGCAGCGCCGGGCGGCGGCGGCACUUACCGGUGGCGCGGCCAGGCCCCCCUGUCAGCGCGGGGCCGGGCGGGAGAGGAGGGAGGAGGGAAGGGGCACCGCCUCCCCGCGCCGCCGCGCACCCGCUGAUUGGCCCCGUUCACUCCCCCAGCGCGACCCCACCAGCCCCUGCGAGCGGCACUCCGGCAGCACCGGCGCGCCAUUUGCAUAUUUGUGCCCGCGCCGCUGAUUGGCCCGGGCUCGGAGGGGCGGCUGUGACCGCGGCCGCUCCCGCCGCCGCUCCGGCCGCGUCGGGCGACCCCGGGGGGAGGAUGCCCCUCUCCGCGCCCUUGCCCUCGCGGCGGGGCCCGACCGCGGGCGGAGGGCGGCGGGAGGCGGAGUCGCCGCCCUGCUCCAACAUGGCCCCGCCGCGCCGCCGACCCAAUCGCCGCUGCGGUUACUCCAGCAGCCCCGGGCGGCCUCGGGGCGGGGAAGUGCUGGGGCCGGGCGCCCUCUGGCCGGAGCGCGGGGCAGUGCAGUGGCCCGGGCUCCCCUCGCCGCCCAGUCGCGGCCGCCACGUCAGGCCGCGCCCUCGCGGCGGCCUCUCCCUCCCCGCCGCCCCGCCGCCACGUCAGUCCCGCCAGGCACGCCCGGGCCGCGCGCUGACCAGUGGCGGGGUCGCCGCCGAGGUCACUCACGCGCUGUGCAUCUCCCCGCCAGCCCGGGACCGCCGAGGAACGACGAGGCUUUUCAAACGGCCGUGGUUUCGGACCCACGUUCUCCUUUCAUGCCGCGACCCGGAUGACACAGCCUGUGCCGUGAAAUCGGGAGCCAGGAGAGUGCCGCGGCGAUGA